UUGCAUUGCAUUGCAAAUGCAAGUGAGUAUUUUCGUUGUUCCGUGUUCGUAGAUAAAGAAUAAAAAAAUCCAAAUAACAAUUUAAAAGUUUAAACAAUACUUUUGGUGUCAUGAGUAUAAUUAAAGUUUACGGUGACUUAUGGACGUUUAUCCAAAAUUUAGUGAUUCAUCUGUAGAUUAGUAUUAUGAUAAGUCUAUAUUAAUUCACUUUAUGUUUGUGAUUGUGUAUUACUCCGAUAAUGAUUGGUUAGGACUAAUGUGGUAUGGCACUUGUAACUAUUCGACGUACUCCGAGUGUGCAAACACCAAAGAAAACGGAUGAAGAAGAGAAGUCAACUGAUGUUAGUGAAGAGGAUGUCGGAAAUCGUGCCAGCAAGAGUCUCAAUGAAUGCUACUUCGCAAAUAAAGGUGCCGCGUUGGUGUUGGGUGGCGCGGAGCACGGGUGCGCCGACCAGCGGCGGUCACCUGCGCGAGCUCAUCCCCAGCCGGACAUUCAUCACCACCUACAGUCCAUGUUUUAUUUGGUGCGCCCGGAGGAGACGCUCAAAAUGGCGGUGAAACUAGAGAGCGGACACCCGGGUCGUACGCGAUACUUGGUAGUAGUAUGUCGCGGUGACGAAGCCGCUUUACUGGGGAUAGACUGCAAUGAGCGAACAACGGUUGGGCUUGUUCUGCGAGUCCUUGCAGACACUUCCAUUAAACUGGACGGAGAUGGAGGGUUUAGCGUAUGCGUUUGCAAUCAACAACAUAUAUUCAAACCCGUAUCUGUGCAAGCCAUGUGGUCGGCGCUGCAGACGCUGCACCGCGCCAGCGCGCACGCCCGCGAGCUCAACCACUUCGCGGGCGGCGCGUCGCACGCGUGGUGCGCGCACUACGAGCGCCGCGUCGACUCGGACCGCUCCUGCCUCAACGAGUGGCACGCCAUGGACUGCAUCGAGUCCCGCCGCCCGCCCUCGCCGGAUUCGCUCAGGCUCAAGCCACGUGAGAGAGACGAAACUGAACGCGUGAUCAGGUGUACGCUUAAAGAAAUUAUGAUGAGCGUAGACCUUGAUGAAGUGACGAGCAAAGCCAUCCGCGGCCGCCUCGAAGACGAGCUUGACAUGGAUUUAGCCGAAUUUAAGUCAUUCAUUGAUCAAGAAAUGCUUACUAUUUUAGGCCAGAUGGAUGCUCCUACGGAAAUAUUUGAUCAUGUCUAUCUUGGAUCCGAAUGGAACGCGAGUAAUCUAGAAGAAUUGCAAAGAAAUGGGGUCAGGCAUAUACUCAACGUGACAAGAGAAAUAGAUAAUUUUUUUCCAGGUAUGUUUGAUUAUCUGAAUAUUAGAGUUUAUGACGACGAAAAGACUGAUCUAUUAAAACAUUGGGAUAACACUUUUAAGUACAUAAAUAAAGCAAGAAAUGAGGGCUCGAAGGUUCUCGUUCAUUGUAAAAUGGGAAUCAGUAGGUCUGCUUCCGUCGUUAUCGCUUACGCUAUGAAAGCUUUCAAUUGGAACUUUGACAAAGCUCUUAAGCACGUUAAAGCGAAAAGAAGCUGUAUUAAACCGAAUACGAACUUUCUUAACCAACUCGAAACUUACCAAGGUAUACUCGACGCCAUGAAAAAUAAAGAAAAGUUACAGAGGUCAAAGUCGGAGACUAAUCUAAAAGCUCCGAAAUCGGCUUCAAAAAUGGAAAAUAAAAUAAUGGAUCCCACGCCAUUGGUACUAGCACUGACGGGCUCGUACACGGGCCGGCCGCGCUCCUGGUCUCCUGACACCAAGCUGGCGUCUGAGCUGCUGCCGCCCACCUCCGUCUCGCUGGAAAACUUGGCCUCGGAGACGCGCCACAUGCUCAUGCCGUGCGCCAGCGGCAGCUACAGUGUCUCUCCCAAUCAGAUCAUACGGUUGAAGGAAGAAGGAGCUCCUUCCGUCAAACACAUUGUAAACGAGAUUGAGAGCGCUGCGUCCAUUGAGCGAAGAGAGUUCCCCAAGAGGCAUCAGAGAUUAAAUUUUGGGAACUCAUGCGACAUCUCUUUUAUUCGAACGUCGGAAGUUUCUGUUGGUAUAGCGACGGAUAUUUGCAAUAAGCUUCAGGAUUCGACGCAGCGAUAUUUAGUUCAAAAAUACCCUCAAACUGAGUUAGAAGUGGAAAAAAUUCACACUUGGGAUCCUGGGGAGACGACGUGGUCGCGAAGCGAGUACAAUAGGAACGCUAUCGAUAGUGAUAAUAUAAUUAAGAGUGAUAGUGGUAUAAUGGACGUGAAAAUUAAACCAAGUGAUGUGUACAAUUCGUUAGAGCGUAAUAUAGACUCAGAGGAAAGAAAAGGCGGCGAUGACGAGCCGCCGCCACCGAGCAGACAGAGUUCGUGGAGUUCGUUCGAUAGCGCAGUGGUGCCCGACUUGUCGCGACACUCGUCGUGGGGCUCGUACGACACGAGAGCGGCGCGCCCGCCGGCCGGGCCGCGCGACGACCCCGCGCCCGCCGCGCCCGACCUCGGCGUCAUCCGCGAGCAGGCCGAGCGCACCCGCCCGCCGCCCGACAUCGCAGCGAACGAGCGUAAGUUUAACGAAACCUGUGCCAUGCUCGAGCUGUGCAACGCCGCCGCGCGAAUGGAGAGUGCGCGAGACCGCGGCGCCUCGACGUGGGGAGGUCGCCUGUCUGCCUCAGCGCCUGCAGACACGUGGCUGCGGGUGGGCCCGCGCCGUCGACGUCUUGCUGCCGCGUCUCACGGUGACCUCCCGCGCGCCGCACCCCCCACUGCACCGCCUCCCGUCGGCCUUGUGAGCAAUCUCAAGAAGGAAUUCGAGGCGCGUUCUGAACUGGAGCAACCACGCCGAUCUACAUCACGCGUACGCCCUUCCACAUCACCCCCUGCGCAGGCCGUUCAGCCCGCCGAGGAUCUGUCGGUGAAAGUGCUAGUUGAUCUUUACGACCAACCGGGUCGAACCCGAUCCGAAUCAGGGGGCGAAGCAGGAGGGCGGGUCAAAGCUUCGCACGAAUGCGUUUCGAAAAAAUGUAAAUUGACUUCGGAAGGCGAUGGGCGAGCUCGGACGCGCAAUUCAUUCUGUGCGGUCGGAGCGGCGGCGCUGGCGAGCGGUGAGCGUCCGCCAAUCGCUCCUACCGUUGUUGCUCUCGCGCCUCUCGACUAUUCGAAUGUGGUGGUUUCAACUGUGAUGUCGAAAGCUCAAAAUAAAAACAAUUACAACAUGGGAAAACCCAUCCUUUGACGAGGCUCAACUUGAACCGGUCGAAUAAUAGAUGUUCGAAUCCUGUGUAUAAUACUAUGUAGUAGUUAUUACGUUUUAUUUAUUAUGAAUUCUUGCCAAACUGGAUAUUUUAUCUUUCUAGAGUUUUAUAUACUAUUUACAAAAUGAGAUCACAGUGUAUUUGUCUAUCACGUAAAAUUGUAUUAAACGGCUGUUUGUGAGUAGAGAAUGUUAAAAAAGAAAAUAAAUUCGAUACAACGGAUAUACAACUUUUAAAAAUAUUUUUAUUUUGUUUUUGUUGCCUGUAUGCCAUUAAACAGAAUUAACGCAAUUCACAUUUCAAGAACAUUUAACCAAAAUCUACCGUUUGCAAUCUUUUUCCAGUUACAAAAACAAUUCGUGGCGUAUUUUGUAUUUCACUUAUUUUUUUAUAAGUGUCUGGAACUUUACUUGGUUUUCUUCUCACUGUUCCAAAGUCAAAACCAUACACGCUUCCUGGAUUAUUGCGUAUUGAACACUCUGUCUGUAUAAAAAAUAUAUAUAUAUUUGUAUAAUCCUUGUAACAAAUUCUAUUUUUAAUCCAAUUUAUCCAUCAUUAAGCUUCUAAGCAUAAUAUGUUGAAAUGGUUUCAUUAAACAUUAAACUAUAAACCAAAUCAGAACAUACGAAAUGUUAUUCAAUGAAGGAACACACGAAAUGUUUCAAUUGGAGAAGUAUGGCUUAAUUUUGAUUUUCAUAACCAUAGUCUUUGCUUGUCAUCAACUUAUCGCCUUAUUUUUUAUAAAGAUGCGUCCAAAUAUGUCCUUCAUAAGCUGCCAUUUUAAAUAAUUAAAAAAACGAAUUAACCAAAUUGUUAAUGUAAUGUAAUUCCAAUUAAAGAAGGAGUAAGAUGAAAAAAACUUCAUUUAUAUGUUUUCAAAAAAGCUAUUAUAUUUUGCACUAUCAUUAAUAUACUUAGAUAUCAUACAACAAUAUACACUACACUACAUAUAUCCACUUUAAUGUAUGUAGUAUUAAAGUGCCGAUAGCAACUUGGUACAUUUACUAUCUUUUCACGAUUUCGUAAUGAAUAUAAUAUAUUAUUCAAGAUCGCGUUCAUUCAAAGUCAAAGUUAUUUAUUUCGCUUUACUCUUGUGGUUGAAACAGAUAAAGAGAACGGCGCAUGCGCCAUAUCUGAACGCACCAUGAAGUUUUUUUCAAUAUAAUUACAAAUAUUAUUGAUAUUAAAUGGUUACUGAUGAUAAUAUCAGUCAUUUCGCAAAUGUUAAAUUAAUUGUUCGUCAUAUUCAUUAUUUCUAGAACCAGUAGUUUAUGCAGACGAAAACAUGAUUCAAUAUUUGUCAAAACUUGUUAGUGAAAUGAAAAUUUGUCAUGUACUUAUUUAUUACCAAAUUACAGCACCCCUAUAAUGUAAUAUAUCAAGAAGAUCAAUCCGGCAAAACAUCAAUGAGAUUCCAUUGCUUAUUAUUCAUCAAAAAUAUUUUGAAGAAGCUUAUAUGCGUCGGAUAAAAUUCUGUUACAUUUAUAAAAUCCUCUAUAGCCUGUCCAACCAGUUAUACACUUUUUGUCAGAUGGAACUAGUGAUGCGGCAAGAUAACAUUUUGAUUAUCGAUUCGAUUAUUGACUCGUAAUUGAUAUGUAGUAUGGAUAUGGAAUGGAUUUUUGCAAUUAAAUGAAAAACU